AUGAUCAAGUCCAAAUCGUCAGCACCACUCCGUAUUGCAGCCAUCGGUUUCGGAACGGCCUCUCCUGCUUUUGCUUUAUUUGCUGCCAAAUUGGGUCAUCGAGUGGAUAUUUAUGAAAAGUUUCCAGAAGCGAGACCUCUUGGAAGUGGAAUUUUACUUCAACCCACAGGAAUGAAAGUAUUGGAUUCCCUCGGACUAUUAGACGCUGCGCUCGAGUAUGGACAAAAAAUAGAUCGACUCUACGGCUACACCGAUCGUUCUCUUCUCAAGCCAUGGAAAUUCACUCAAGAUCAAAUCAAACAUAAAGUUCUAGAUUUGGAAUACAAAUAUUUGGGAGAACAUUUCUUUGGAUUGGGCAUUCAUCGAGGAACUCUCUUUCAAAUUUUACACGACGCCGUUUUGAAACAAUCGCCACAAAUUUCUGUCAAGUGUGGAUUCAAUAUUUCGAGAGUGGAGGAACGAGAAGUGUUGGAUUCGAAUGGAAGGAGAGGUGUGAAAUGUCGUUUGUUUUUUCAGAACAAUCAUCAGGAUGGAAGUGUGAUGGUACAUUUGUCGUUUGGAUCAACAAAAGGAAGUAAUAAUGGCGGAUAUGAAAAACACAAUUCCUUAGUUGUGGAUGAGAAGAAGGAAGAAGAAGAAAUUGAUACUGAUUAUGAUCUCGUGGUGAUUGCCUCUGGCACUCAUUCUCGAUUAGGAAAUUUCGAAAAAAGGAAUGCCAAAUUAUACGAAUUUGGAAGUUUAUGGGCGAAUGCUGUGGACACGUGUGAUUUCACUUCCAACCAAACACUUCUUCAAAAGUACCGAAAUGCUCAAUACAUGUCUGGUCUCUUACCCAUUGGAAAAUUAAUGAAUCAUCACUCUCAAGACAGAAACAACUCCAUGACACCAUGCAACAACCAACAUCAUAGGGAUCACCAAGAUCGACACCACGAAAAGCCUCUUGUGAGCAUUUUCUGGAGUCUCACUCAACAAGAUUAUCUCAAAUUUAAAUCCAUGAGUUCAAACGGCGCUGAUUUUCAACAAUUUAAAGAAUCCUUAAUAGAAUUCUGGCCUCAACUCUCUCCAUUCAUUUCACAAAUCCAAAACAAGGAAGAAUUUACCUAUGCCACCUACAAUGAUGUUCAGAUGCAUCCACGGGAUUGGCUCUCGGAAAAGGGAGGAGUCGUUAUGAUUGGAGAUUAUUGUCAUGGAACUUCUCCUCAAUUGGGACAAGGUGCAGGUUUGGCCCUCAUUGAUGCCUUUGUCCUCCACGAAUGCCUCCAAUCGUAUCACCACCUUGGUGAUGAUUCCUCUCAUAACAAAUACUCCUCUCUCCAACAUGCCCUUCACGCCUACACUCAACAACGAGCCAGUCAUGUCAUGGGUUAUCGACUAGCCUCUCGAAUUCUCACUCCAUUCUUUCAGAGUCAUUUUCAUACCUUGUCGUAUGUGAGAGAUGUCGUGAUGGGUCUAUUGUGUUCACUCCCACCUGCACGAUGGUUCAUGUUGAGAACAUUGGCUGGAAUUCAGAGUGGAUGGUUUGAUACGUUUGAUACUCGUCCAACAUUUUGA